AAUAUUAGAAGAAAAUAAAACGAAUAACACCAGCCAAGGGGAAACAGCUUACUCACUUUUCAACAAAUAAAUCCAACUGCUCGCGAAUUUAAUGACCAUUUAAUCUGGUCACAUUAGGCAGAGAAUGUCCUCUAGACAUCAACAAAGAACGCAACAAUGACGCAACAAUGAGAUAUGAUAAGACGGCAAGCAUGGACAUUUGCAAUCGGCACCAAACCAAUGUUUCCCCGUGAGUAUAAUGGUUUUAUCAUUUACGUGAUAAAAUGUCUUAAGUACACAUUGGGCCAUGACUGUUUACAUCUCGUGAACACCGUCCAUAGCAAACAUAUGAAUGAUAAUGAGUGUAAAAGAACAAUAAUAUAAAAAGUCAUGAAUACAAUGACCGGCUCCAUAUCCUUCCAGUGAACCAGUAUGGUAGGAAGUGGCAAGACCUCAGUUGCUGCCCGUGUGCAGGAUCAGCCGAGCCGAUGGGGCAUUGUUGUCGUCGUUGCCGCCCACAUGAGCCUGGCGCUGAUUGCAUUUUGUCAGAGCUCUGGCAGUGUCUUCUAUCUGAGCUGGAGGAGCGAAUUUGACACGAACGCCAAGGAGACUGCGGCCAUCUCCAGUAUCAUGACCUGUGUCUGCAGCUUCAGUAUGUUUGUUGGCGGUGUUAUGACCCAACGCUGUGGUUGCAAGCUGGUCGGUAUUAUAGGAGGAGUGUUGACAACGCUUGGUAUGUUAGACAGCGUCUGGGUGCAAAACAUCUCCCAGUUGUACCUCACAGCCGUUGUAACAGGCGUUGGUCUUGGAAUAUGGCUAAGAACACUGCGUUGGUCGCUGUCGCUCUACACUUCAAGAAUGGAUACACUACAGCCAACGCCCUGGCGUGCUCUGGUAGUGGUACAGGGAAAAUGGCAGCGCCGCCAUUAAUCCAGCUUCUCCUUGACUAUUUUGGCUUAAGAGGGGCGUUGCUAGUUACCUCCGCAAUUGUGGCAAACAUGGUAGUAUUCGGCACACUCUUUCGGAAACCUCGAACAGAUCGGAAAUCAGAACUGGAUCACAGAUCAAUUGAUAAACUCACAGAGAGGACAGACGUGGAUUUUCAAAUCGUACACGCAAAUGAUGCAGUUGAGAUGGCUUUGGAAAGCCAUAGUUCGUCGGACGAUUCAGAUGCUACAAUGAACCAUUCAGAGACACACACAAAUAUAGAAGAAGGCCAAUGAAAUGUCUCAUCUACUACUCACAAUACCAGCUUCCGUGCAUGGAAAUUGAAACUCGAUCCCAUUAGGGCGACCGACUUAUUAACACAAAAGUACUAGAUAGCCAAAUAAUUAGGGCGACACGGCAUAACGCAAAAGAACUAGCUAGCCAAAUAAUUUUAGCGUCGCAAAUUGGCUUAAUCGAUUGCUGUUGGUCCAAAACGUAAACAUACCAAAAUUUGUUUGGGUCGGAUAAGGUAAAAUUGGGUAAGGUCACAUUAAAGUUUUGUACACAUGUCUAUGGCACGUCGUUCACCAUCGGCCAUCGCACGACAGGUCUGACGAUUUGAAAGGAAAUCAACGGCAGCGCCGUCUGACGAUUAGCCUGGCCCGCCCUUCCUCGACUUUCUGAUAUUCUACGCCGCAACUAUAAAG